GUGUUUGAAAAUGGCGGCCCCCAUACAGAAACUUUUUCAAUCUGCGUACAAACUAUUUUCUAGGGUGACAGUAGGUUCAAGUGGCUUUAAUGAACAUCUUCGGGAGGUCACUGCAUUGGCUUCUAAAUUAACAGCCACAGACUUAAACUUCAAUUUCCAAGACGAUCCGACAACCCAGCGACGAGUCGAGCAAGGCGAGGAGGCACCUGCAGUAUACGUUCACCUAUUUGAAGACCGUGUCCUGUCAAUGGGAAUCUUUGUUGUCCGACAGGGCUGUCGGAUUCCGCUCCAUAAUCACCCCGGCAUGCAUGGCGUCUGCAAGGUCAUACAAGGUACUAUACGCGUUAAUAGUUUCUCAGAAGUUUCUCGUGUUGGACUCGACAUACCCAAAAACAUCGAACAGGAUAUGAAACAAUCGAUAUUUCCAAUACUAAAGAAAAAAGAACAAUCUCAAUUUUCACCCGUGAUGACGUAUUCAAGCGAGACCCUGACGACAGAUGAUCCUGCCUGUGUGCUGUUGCCUUCGGAUGGGAACAUCCACGAAAUGAUAUCGGUGGAUGGUCCAGCGGCGUUUGUUGACAUAUUGGCCCCGCCGUACGAUCACACCACCGGUGAGAGGGUGUGUCAGUAUUACCGGGACUGUUCAGAGGACACUCCCACCAGUUCCAAUAGUCAGGUCCGUUGGUUAAGGAGUAUUCCACCUCCCCACAGCUUUUGGUGUGACACUAUGGAAUAUAAUGGACCUUCCAUGGAGAUUCAAUGAUUCCUAUUAUAUAUGUUCCAAUGACAGUAUAGACAUAUUUAACCAAGACACACAGCUAGUCAACAGUACUAGAGUAGAACAUCCACAGUAAAAAGGAUCUAUAUGGAUGUUACUUUGUGACCUGCAUCUCGUUUACACAACUGAAAGAAACCUGGACAUAUUUCUUUUACUGUAAAAGCUAAAUGCUGCUAUGGACUUGAUGAUUUUGAUAUCUUAUUGAAAAAUUUGAAGUAUGGUGUUAUAAAUUAAUAGAGGAUAAUUUCACUUUAGAAGUGUAAAAUUGAAGAAUAAUAUAGAGGAUAAUUUCAAUUUAGAAGUGUUUAAUUGAAGAAUAAUCAGAGAAUGUUGACCAAGAAAUUAGUUAAAGAGGUUCCACUUCACCAGUACCACAAACUUUAACACUUCGUUUUUUUCUUCGUGAAGAGCUCAGAUACUUUAAAAGGGAAUAUACCUCUUAACGACAUGAUUACAUCAUGAUUAUAAAUAUUUGGAAACAAUUAAUUUGAUCCAUUUACUAAGGUUUACUUUGGAUGUUUGAACUGCAGCCUGUGAAAUGACAAUCAGUUUUGCUGAUUCAUUUUAAAUGUUUUCAUGUGGGUGCUCACAUAUCUUGAUUACCUAGUCCAUUCGACUCUAAUUACAAUACAGUUAUCUACUGCUGUACAUAAUGCAAUAUAGAUAUGCAGACUUGUGAAAAGAUCCAUAUUGUGUAAUACCUCAUCUACCUGUGAUUGAAUUGUUUAACAACCCAGCCUGUCAAAAAAAGGUUCCACUUCACCAGUAUCACCAACAUUAACACUUCGGGUUUUUUCUUCAUGAAGAGCUCAGACUCAAUCACCCAAAUACUUAGAAAGGGAAUAUAUUCACUGAAGCAUCCUUUAAGCUUGCGAUUUUGAGAAAUUAGUUCUCAUACCUGCUAAUAAUACCAACUGGGCGCCGCUGUAUACACAUGGGCGCCGCUGUAUACACAUGGGCGCCGCUGUAUACACAUGGGCGUCGGUGAAGUUUACGCACAGGCACCACUUUUUGCUUCCUCGAUAUCGAGGGAUUACGCUCUCUGCGCCCCUGGAAAAUGUCUUAGCAAAAUUGUCUUAUCCACCUUGUGGAUGAGACAAGAAGACUAGUUUGAUCCGUUGGUGUACAUCGAAAGAAUUUCGAGGUCGCGUAACGGUAAACUUAUCUUAAAAAGACACGUAUCAACAUAGUGAUUGGUCAGGUUUUUUUCAACUUGACACCAAUCAAAUAGCUAGCCGCAUGUCUCCAAUUUCGCUAUAACAUACCCCAGAGGUGCAGAGAGCGUAAGUGAGUGUAAUCCCUGGAGUAUCGAGGAUGCACUUUUUGCAGUAAAUUACGUACAUGACUGUUACGAUAUCAAAUUUGGUGGAGUGUCAAAAAUGAUCUGAUAAGAUAAGAAGUCAUUUAAAAACAGACACCUAAUAUUCCACCACAAUUGUGUAUACAAUCAGACAUGAUAACGUAUAACAACAUUUUUAAAACGCCACACUAACCCUCAAGUUCGCAUAACCUUACCACAACUGGACCUUUGAUAAGUUUAGGGUUUUAGGGUUAGUCUGACAUCUUUCUUUUCCCAAACUAUGCACCUAGCACGAUGCGAACUAGGAUGUGGCGUCGGUAGUGUUCUCUGGUCGCAUUGUGGAUAUUAUAUGUGAAUGUCAUACAUAGGGGACUUAAUCAAAUGUCUUGUUACGUAUUCGCAUCAUAAAAAUUAAACCAUAGAACGACUUUGGCUCCAUAAACCAAAGCGACGAGUCAAAAGAAUUAUUUGUAGCAAUCAAAGAACUUUAGUACAACUUAAAAAGUAUACUGUUUUUACCAGCAUAUCUCAACCCGAUUUUUAUCACCGGAACUCGUAUAUGUAACGUCAUUCUUGAACUUGUGCCACGUGAGCAAUAUGAGAAAAUAUUACUAAAUUCUUGAAGUGCUACCAACUUCUGCUCAACAACCUGGGCCUCGUCUUAAUUAACAGUACAGUAAACAUUUACAGUCGUUUACAUGUUGACUAACAGUGCACGUACGUGGCUAUCGAAAAUAAGACAAAAAUGUAAGGACAUGGUUUCCCAUACCCAUGCGUGCUAUAGGGCGGAGCAUUGUGUCGUGUUUUACCUAUUUCUUUAAAUGUAAAGGUGCCAUGAUUAGUUUUUUUAGUUUUCAAAAAUUUCACAAGUUCGACACGAUCAAAAAUCUAACCGACUGCCAUGAUUUAUCGGGGCUAUGGCGGAAAACUGCCCAUAUUUCCCUAAGUCGGCAUUUAUGAAAACGGAAAAAGUAUUCAUGACUAAACAAUUUCUAACAGUGAAAAUGCAUAGAAUAGAUAUUAGGUAUUGUUAAUAUGAUACUGCAAAUAUAGCCAUAUUCACUAUAUCUAUGAAAGUGAUGGGGUUUCCCCAGACUUAAUAAAUACUUUCAGCACUUUAUCCGUGGACCAACGUUUGAAUACAUUUGUUGAAUCCGUGAUGUAUUAUGCAAAAACAAAUCGUAUUCCGGAAAAGUGGUCCUCCUUUGGGAAAGUGCUCAAUAUAAUGAAAAACAGAACUGAGCGAGUUUGAAUUCCCAUCUUCGUCGAUGUCCGAUGUAGCCGAAUGUGUAACGCAGUUAACUUGUGACCAGACAAAGUGAACGCUGCAAGUUCAAAUCCACGUUCAGGUUCUCUUUUUUUGGAUAAAAUACCUAUUGAUUUAUCUUCUAUGGAAUCAUGUCAACACAGAAGACAUAAUUUUAAAUGAUAUUUAUGAGUUGUUUUCCCCUCCAAUUGGCACUAGUAAGUUUAUCUAUCAUUUAAACACAAACAAGUGAUGCUGAAAUACAAAAUCAUUGUGAUUGUUGCGUCAGAAUAACAAUAGGCAGAGUAAAAAAAAUAUGAACUGUUAUUAUCUCAAAUAUAUUAUCGAAAAUACGGGAAAAUUCAUCGUUGAGGACAGCCUCAUUUGUUUGAAAUGCAGAAAGGCUGCAGCACAAAGUAUGGAUCGCAAAACACGUGUAAGACAUGCUUUUCGAUAAUUAUAUAUAUCGUAUUGCCGUUCAUAGAUGCAGGAAAAACAAAAUCAAGAAAGCAAGUAACGGCAUGACGCAGGCGGUAGUAAUGAAAAUUAAAUCUUUUUUGUACGAUCUUGUGUUACACAAAGCAUUUUAUUUGUUUUUUUAAUUCAUAGAAAUAAUGCGAAAAAGCAUUUUGCUGAGUCUUUAUAGUGAAACGCAUGUAACAAUAGCCAUGGACUUGAUCUUAGAGACAGGACUCCGAAAGAGCUACAUGUAUAAAAAUAACCCAGCACGCGUCAUAACAGUACACGAUGGCACGAUCACAGUUUUGGGGGAAUAGGCAGAGCAACCCGCCAUAGCUCUUUCACCGAUUCUCAUGCGUACACAGCGGAAACCGGUUAGUAGGGUUCGUCGGGAAUUCACAUGUUCAUCUCAUAAAAGUAGCCUUUAUAAAUAAGUCGACUCUUCAGAAAUACUUUAUGCUUAUUUGAUCAUAUGUACAUGUAGUGUAUAAAUACUUGCAGUAAAUGCCCACUUGGUAACAAGACUCAGAUUUUCACUUGCACACAAAUUACUGGUCUGGACAACAUAUAUUGGGCAUUGUUUCACUCUGCUGUAGUACUAACAGAACCUAAGUGAAUUCCAAGGAUUCUUUUGGUUACGUGAUUUAGACUCAAUACUUAUGACCUCAUUCAUUAGGAACAGAAACAUUUUGCAUGCCCUCAGGGAUUUGGAAAAUAUUGAAGAUAGCUUGGAAGUCUUAACUAGUGUCUGUGUAGUCAUAUUUGCUGUCUUGCAAUUGUUUUAUUAAUUUUGCGGAAUUUAAAUUUACCAUACUUAAAUGUAAGUACAGUAUCCAUGAGUGACUUCUAUUUUUUUAAUCACAAAUAAUAUGCAAUAGACACUGGUCGUUGAUGAACAUGUAUUUUGGCGACAUUGUAAAAUAUGUGUGUUCGAUGUUGCUUAUUCCAGUAUUACCUGGUAUGACGUCGUUUCUGGUUAUGUAUUGUAACACACUGACAGUGGUAAUGAAUUAUGUUUAGUAAAGAAUCGUUGUUGUUUAAUUCACAGUAUAUUAAAGUUACCUGUGAUGAUUUA